UCUUUUUCUAGACGCAGCUGACGAUGUAAACAAGAGAAAACAUCCGAGGGCAGCGGGGCUCACACAGGCCGGGUUUCACGCAAAUGAUAGCCAUUAAGCACCCAUAGACGGCGGACAUGGGGCUCCCUGUUACUAUUAAAGUCAAUUUCCGGGGGAACGUGAAGAGGUUUCUGGCUCAGGAUAUGGAUAAAUUGGAGUGGGAAGCUGUUGAAGUCUGGAUCAAAGCAUCAUUUGGGAUCAACCACUUUCAAGUGAAAUACUUUGAUGAAGACAAUGAAGAGAUUUGCAUAAACAGUCAAGAUGAAUACGAAGAAGCCAUCAAGAGUGCAGAGAAGCAGGGAAACCAGUUACACAUGAAUGUGUACAAGAUGAAAGGACAGGCCUGUGGGGGCCCACUGAAGACCGAGGUGAAGGAGCUGAAAGGAGACCUUCGACCCGCUCCUCCUUACCCCUCAAGGGUUAAAACAGUGGACAAAGGCACGCAGGUCACCCCUGAGCGAGAAGCUGUAGCAGUAAAAGAUAACAAGGGGAACAAACCAGAUGAUGAGCCCCCUCCUAUGUGGUUUAGAUCAUACAUGGAGAAGUUUAAGGAUGAGGUGGUAAAGGAGGUAGUAGAAAGAAUGUGCAGCGACUUUUCUGUCCAGUGUUGUACCCACAAAUCCCCUGAAGGUCCCCCUGAGGCAAUUGGGGCUAUUGGCGGUAUUAUGGGACCCAAACCAGGCCCCUCCACCUCGAAUGGAUCCCUUGGCUACACCCCAAACUGCAGCAGCUGCAACAAACUCACCUCUGAAGGAGCCUACAAGUGCAGCGUGUGCCCAUCCUGCAUCCUGUGUGAGAUGUGCAGACAUAGCCAUGACCCUAGCCACAACCUCGUGAGAACCAAGACACCUCUCUCCAUCCCAGAACAUGGAAUGUCAGGGGAGUUAAGGUUCCCAAGGCGAGGAGACAGGACAGUGCGCAAGGCCGAACGACAGCGCCUCAAAGCAGAAAGAAGGCAGCUAAGAGCCGAAGUGAAGGAAAUCAAGAAGAAACUGAGACUGGAGAAGAGGGGGCUGCAGUGGAGUGGGCCCUCUACCUCAGGAAGAGCCACUCUGACAAACAUGGCCUCCACAUCCACCCAGGUCCCUGCCCUGUCCCCUCCUACUGCCUCAGACACAGCCUCAGGUCCAGCCCCAGCCCAAGGUCCCAUCCCUGCCCUGGUCCCUGAACCCCAGGCCUCCAGUCCAGAGGGUCCCGGGGUCUCGCACACGUCCUUGGUGCCCACUAUGGCUGCCUUGUUUCUGGAUGAAAAUCUGCCUGACGGCACCAAUCUGGAGCCUGGUACCAAGUUCAUCAAAUACUGGAAGAUGAAGAACACGGGCUCUAUCUGCUGGACCUCAGAGACUAAGCUAGUGUUCAUGUGGGGAAACCUCAGCUUGGCAUCAGAGGAGAAGAGGGAGGUGCCGGUGCCCUUGCUGCCACCCGGACAUGUGGGAAUGGUCAGUGUGGCCUUAGUUGCUCCUGUGACAGACGGGACGUACACCUCCCACUGGCGCCUGGCGCACUGUGGGUCUCAGUUUGGCCCGCGUGUCUGGUGCAGCAUCGUGGUCAAGCAAAGAGACAAACGCACCGGACUCAGACAUCAGAGAAAACGACUGAAGAAAGAUCUAAGACCACCGAAGGAAGAGAUGAAGCCAGAGGAGAAGGAGGCGCGGGCCAAGAAGGGCCACACUGGCUUCUUGGCAGGCCUCUUCUCUGAAGACUACUACUUCCCACCAGUGGACUUCAUGACUGCACAGGAUCUUCUAUCUUUUGAGUUGCUGGAUUUAAAUUUUGCGGACGACCUGGAAAAGGUUCCUCAUAACACCCCUGCAGAUUUGACACCGUGUAUAUCCCCUCUUCCCUAUUGCACUGUUGUGUUGGACAAGUCCAGCCCAUCUCCCAAAAAAGAGGAAACGGAGAUCUCAGGAGUCCGAAAACUUUUUGGACGGAAACUGAGGAAUCUGAAGGAGGUGUUUACGCCUGUAGCCCAGGAGGAGGAGAGGGACGAUGAGAUCAGUGGAGCGCAGUUCCUGUGUGAGACCGUCAUGCGAUCCCUCGCUUUGGAAGAAGCCCCCGACCACAGACCCCCUCGCAGGCUCCAGCGCUGCGGCCACGAACCAAAGGUAGUUUCCCCGGUUCUGAACUUUGAGAAAACAGAUGAGUCGGAGGAGACCGAUGAGUUUCAAGAAGGAAAUGAGAUCGGCGCCGUUAAACCUGAAACUUCAGCUCUGCCUACAAACAUAGGACUCAACUGGAUCGCCCAAAAAGAGGAAACCAGGCCAAUUUCUCCACCUGAACCAGAGAAUGAAAACCUGCGUAUGAGUUCACAUCAUAAUAACGAGGACAAAGACUUUGAGGCCUGUGAUGGUACCCAGAACGUGACGGAUGAGCGAGAAGAGAAAGAGGAGGAUGGAAACAAAGGGGAAGACUGGGAUGAGAUCAGCAGCCAGAUCUCCUCAGUCUCUUCUGACGAUUACAGCGUCAUCCUCCCAGACUGCUUUGACACCAGCCGGCCUCUGGGGGAGUCCAUGUACAGCUCCGCCAUGUCGCAGCCUGGCACUGGUGCUGCUGCUCUGGCCUCAGACAAAUCGGAUGUAGAGCAGGAGGAAGAGGAAGAGUCCAUCAUGGAGCCGGGCAGGGAUGCACUACUGGCAGAGAGGCAGGAGCUGACAGAGGUGGCCUCUGCUGAGGAUUCACUGGGAAACGCUGGGCCUCCACUGGUCACUCAAAUUAACAGCAGUGUGAACCAGAUGCCCUGUGCCUCCCAAACUGUGGAUGAGGUGACCUUAACCCCUGAAGUGGUGCCAUUCCCUGACCCCCUGCUUCCCCCGCCGACCCUCUACUCACCCAGGUCUGAGGCACUUUACCUGGCUGACGAUCCCAGUUCUCCAGCCUGUGACCCAAAUGAGCCGCAUCAACCAAGAGUCCACCUCAAUGUAUCAUCUGGUCUGUCAAGAUCUGCAGGCUCAGCAGCCAGUGCCUUUGAGACAUAUAAUCCCAGGCCCAGCAAUGCUCUGCAGCCAAGGGGCCAAGGAGGAAUCACAGAGGGACUUGUUAAGGGAGCUCUUUCUGUGGCAGCAUCUGCUUAUAAGGCUCUCUUCACUGGACCGAGCUGUUCAGUAGAGCGAGGCAUCGACCCAGCCACCACACAAGGCCCUUCCAAGAUGGACCAGCUUUUGGAGAUGGGUUUCAGAGACCAACGGAUGAAUCGGCGACUGCUGAAGAAGCACUUCUACAGCCUGGAGCACACCGUCGACGAGCUGGUGCAGUUGGCCGAAAACCGCCGCAACAGAUAUAACGUUACUUAGGAGUGAAGGUGGCAAAGAUGUGAAAAGUCAGCGUUAAGGUUGUGAAUUAGUUUGACUUUAAAACACAGUGUAAGGAUAAUAAAAAUAAUUGGAUUCAAUCUAUUGGUUGAAGGUUGAAAGAUAAUUGGGAUCAAUAUGAAAUACCGUAGCCUUUAUUUCUUAAUUAUAAGAGAUAAAUGAACAUUCAUUUGUGGCUGCUCCUGCCUUUGCCUUUAAUUUAGCUUUAACAUUUUGAUACAGUUAACCACCAAUACACACUCAGAAGUUAUGAUGAUGGCGGUUAAUCUUUGCCAUGCCUACCUGGGCCUUAGAGCUCUAUGGUGCUGGUCAAAAGGAGCAGGAAGUAACAUCUGGACAGGACUAAAGUGUGUAUUCCAACUCAUCAUCUUAGUGUUCGUAUGGCCGUAGCAGCUGCUUCCUCAUGCUGAGAAAUAAGUGUAUAGGCAGGGCUUGGCUGGAGUCUCAUGGAGCACAAAGCUGUGAGAAUGAAAACUGCUGAAUGUCCAAACAUGUUCUGAAAAGCCAGCGCUCGUGUACGAUGAUGCUAUGAAGCUUUGUGAAUCCUCUGGGGGUUAGGGGUAAAAGUGCAGUAAUAAGAACAAGAAACACAUAUUUAAGACAUUUCUUGAUUAUUGUAGUGAAAUCUGCCUAACAAUGCAAUCUUUUUCUGUAUCAGAGUACUGUUAUUUUAGACGUUGACAUGUGGAAUGUACACAAAACUGUCCGAACGGAUCACUGCUCAGAUGCAGAUGUUUCUGUUUUGUUUUUUAUACUGCUGUUUAGGAGACACCUGCAUGACAGGUAGAGGCUUUUAGAGACGAGUCGUGUUUUUCGUGAUUUUUAGCACAGUUAGAAUGGAAAACGUCCGCUUUGCGUCAUCUGUCUUCAUCCCUGCCUGCCUGCAUCUCUGCUCGUUCUCAUUUAAACACCAACUUUAACUUAAAAAAUGUCUUUAAACACUAACUCAAGCAGAAACGUCUCUAACGACACAUUCCUCAAGCUCAUAACGGAAACAGAACCAAGUAUGUUUUUAUUUCGCUACAUUUCCUGUUUUUUCCUUAGUUUACUGAAGGACACAUGUUGGUUGACAUGUUGACUGUGAUGAGCGUCUGUCAGGUUUUAAGUUACUGUGCAUCUCUUUGAAUGAUUUCGCCUUUUUGUGUGUUUGGGGUUUUUCUUAAUCAGUAUUUUCUUAUGAAUAUGACUGUCCAUGUUUCAAAUCCAUGCUCUAGAAAAUAAUUCUGACUAUAUCUACAAUCUCAAGUUAUUCUGUCACAGAAUAUAUACAUUAAACAAUGCUCUGUCAAUCUGCCAAUAAACUAUUUGCACAUCC